AUGGGUAAGCGUGGAGCCGACAAGCAAAUUUCAAAGGAUGAGGACGACAGGGACCCCCGCAGCGACGGCGAGGACGACCCUGGAACCCGCGAGGCUGCGAUCCGUGGCCUGCCAAAGAAGCGUGGUGGAGGAGAAGUGGUCGCUCCGGUUCCCAGCUUUGGCGCUCCUCCCGCUGCCCCCUCGAGUUUGCCUUUUGCUUCUGCAUCGAGCUCGAGCGCAGCGCCGGCCGCUGCCACCUCGGCUUUCGGCGGGUUCUCGUUUGGCAAAACGCCAGCUGCUCCUGUUGCUGCUCCUGCUGCCGGCUCGGGUUUCUCUUCGCUCUCCUCCGUCGGCACAAAGGCAGCUGCUACACCAGCUGCUCCUGCUGCCACACCGGCGGCACCCAAGGCUGCAUUUGGUGGCUUCUCCUUUGGAUCCUUUAGCGCACAGCCCGUCGCCCCCAAAGCUGCCGUUGCUGGCCCUGAUUGGGUCUGUGGCACCUGCAUGCUGAACAACCCGGCCACGGCGACCGAAAAGUGCAGCAUCUGCGAGGCUGACAGGCCUGGAGCUACUCCUGCUGCGUCUUCUGCUCCCAAGGCAACACUUCCUACCCCUCCUGCGGGUGGCUUCGCCUUUGGUGCUCCCAAAGCAACUCUUCCCAACCCUCCUGCUGGUGGCUUCGCCUUUGGUGCCCCCAAGCCGCCCGUGACUGGAGGUUUCAGCGCUGCUGCUACUGCUCCCACGACUGGCCCCUCCAUCGCCUCGACUUCCAACGUUCGCCUGCCAGCUCCCGCUGCUCCUGUUGCAUCGGCCUCACGUUCGUCGUCGGGUCCCGGCCCUUCGCAGGCUACUCCUCCCGACGAGGGAGAGGUCGCCUACUACACCUCCCUCCGUGGCUUGAACGCCUCGUUCUUGUCGCUUCUGUCCCAGUCGCUGAACGCCAACGAGUUCCUCGACCUCACCACCGUCCUUCCGGCCGUUUUGGCGCAGUACACGGACCACCUCCGUGACGCUGCCAACAAGGCCGGGUGGCAGCCACCCAAGGCUGUCGAGGCCCCCAAGACCAACGGUAACGCCGCUCCUGCGCCUGCUCCUACUCCUGCCGCUGCCGCUCCUACCCCUGUGUCUGCGUCUGCGUCUGCACCUGCACCUCCUUUUGGUGGAUUCACUUUUGGCAAUGCAUCGACGUCGACUGCGCCGAAGACCGCAGUCACUGCCCCUGCUUUCACUCCGGCCGCUGCGGCGCCGAAGCGCAACAUUGUCAACGACAUUGUUGGUGAGGUGCUGGACAAGCAGGAUGCGCCCCCAGCCAAGGCUCCCGAACCCGCAGCCAAACCGAUCGUUGCCACUCCGGCCAAGACCUCUUCACUCUUCGCCUUCGCCUCCUCGGGUCCUCUGCACGCCACGACACCCGAGAGCAAGACUUUCAGUCCCUCCGCGGCGACGACUUCGCCUGCCUCCACGCCCGCUCAGCUUGGCAAGUUUGGUCCUGGUGGGAGCACCCCUCAGCUUGGCUUUGGGACUGCCUCCAAGUCGUUUGCCAGCCUCUCGGGCUCUGGGUUUGCUCUUGGCCACAGUUCAAGCAGUUUCUCCUUUGGCCCGUCUUCGUCUACUGCCGCUGUCACGUCCCAGGCCGCCCCGAAGGCUCCCUUCUCGUUUACUGCUCCCCCCGAGGCAGCAGAGUCAACCUCGAAAACUGGGCUGGCGUUUGGUGCCCCGACCGCCCCGGCCGCCAAGUCUGCUUUCACGUUUGGUGCCACUGUUCCGCCCGCGACCGAUAAGCUUGCGGCCAAGCCAACCACAUGGCCUGGCAGCGAGUUCGGAGCCCCCGCACCGCCGCCGACCUUUGCUUCGUUUGAGCCGCAUGUCUCAGCAUCGGGCGCUACUUCUGGAGUUGUGUCUGCCUUCACCUCGGGUACCGCUACCCCUGCCGAAGACGUCCGGGCCGCCAACGAGUAUGAAGAGUACACACAGUCCAAGAACCUUGCCGAAGGCAGUGGAGCCGGUGAGGAGGAUGAGGAGACCGUUGCCGAGCAGCGUGGCCGUCUUCACGAGCUUGUGGAUGGCGCAUUCAAAGUCGUCGGAUUGGGUCAAUUCAAGCUCAAGCGUGCCAAGGAGGGCGCCAAGCGCCGUCUUUUGAUGCGUGCUGAUGGGAGUGGAACCGUUGUGCUCAACAUGGCCGUGCAGCCAUCCUUUGCUCCGACGGCUGACGGCAAGGCCGUCAAGUUCCUCGGCUUCAACCUGGCUGGCGAACCAAAGGCGUUUUUGUUCCGCGUCAAGACUGAGGAGAUGGCCAACACCCUCGUGGACGCUCUGAAAAAGGAGACGGCCAACAUCAGCUAG